GGGGCCCAUUAGCGCGGAACCUCCAAAUUUCUCUCCAGAAACCCUUUCUCGCCCCCGCCCGCCGAUUCCCUCGAGGAGUCCCUCGCACGGCGCGUCCAGGUGCGCCGCCUCCUCCCUCCUCCAGCCUUUCUCGCACGGCGCGUGGUGUCUUCCGCCGGUCGAUUCUCCCGCGAAGUUCAGAAUCUCAGUUUUUUCAAGAUACGUGGGCACGGGACGGGUCGGGAACAGCGAGAAAUUCAGACCCAGUUGCGUGGCUUAGAAUGGACCUAAUACUUCCAUUUAAAGUUGGAGAUGCUAUAGAGACAAGAUCCUAUGACGCUGGUUAUAGGGGCGCAUGGUUCCGUGGCAAGCUCACCGACAUGCGUAUCAGGGAAGGUCACCUGGAGUGUCAGGUGGAGUAUAUAGACUAUCCAGAUGAAAAAAGGAGAUGGAGUAGACUAUACAAAGUUCCCCCAAAAUGUCGUAAUCAGAAAGCAGGUCAAAAUAGGGAGAUCAUGUUACGACCUGCUUUUCCUCAGUGGUGUUGGGAGAAUGAUAUUCUUGAGCAUUGGCCACAGACGGAUGUUCUAGCAGUUGUAAGCAGUCCUUGGAAAGUAGGUGACUUGAUUGACUGGUGGUACAAUGAUUGUUUCUGGACUGGCAAAAUUAUCGAGUUUCUGGGUGAAGACAAAGUUAAGAUAAUUUGUCCUGAGAUACCAAUAGGUGAAGGUGGAUGCUGGGCUGCCGAUACCAAGGACCUUAGGCCAGCGCUUGAUUGGUCCCUCUUAAAAGGUUGGAUCGCCCCUCUUUCACAGGUCUACAAAACGAGGCGGAUAAAUAGGUGCUGCUGGAGGGAGCUUCAUCGAUUCAAAAUUCCACUGUCAGGGUGCAUGAAGAAACUCCCACAUCGCCCCCUGGGAUCUCUGAAAGGGAAGUGGUGGAGGAUGAGAUUGAGGAGAAUGAGGAAGAUGUUCAUCUUUGAUCUCCACAUCCUGGGCAUGUCGCUAUUGAGAAGUUUGGCUGGCCGGUCUAGUGUCUUUUCCUGUAGUAUGUCAGUUUGAUGAUGGGCAACCUGACAUCCUAGGCAUGUCUUUGUUAUGAAAAACGACAUCUGGUUCUUGAUUUUAUGGUCUGGUCAAUUUGGAUAUUGACAUCCUGGGCAUGUCACUGUUAAUAAAGAAAUUUGGCUGGCCAAUCUAGUGUCCUUCCUGUCUAGUCUGUAAGUUUGAUGAUGUGCAAACCUGGCUUCCUGGUCAUGUCUUUGUUAAACAAUGUUUGGCUGGAUGCUCUG